AUGGAUCAGGCGAAAGAGUUGCUUGACUACUACAGGAGUAAUCCAACUGCCCAGAAUAUACGGAUCGAAUCCCCAGACAGCGUGGCAUUUCCAGAAGUCACGGUGUGCCCCGGAGUCACAUGGAACUCCACUGCAAUCGAAAGCUUCAACCUGACCGAUGAAUCAUUUGGGGACUAUGUGUUCCAUGGCUUGGUGCUUGGAAACGUCGUUAGCGAAGGCGGUCAUGGAGGAAGCCCCGUGUUUGCAGCCAUCAAUGCUUCCGAGCAAACAACAUCAAGAAGAAAUAAAGAGUCUAUGGUCUCGCAACGUUCCUAUCCGGAAUGUCCAAGGAAAUGUCAGAGGACAUCAUAUGACAUGAUACGAGAAGAUCCAACCUCUGAUAGUGAUUCGAGAAUCUGCCGGAUUCAGAUCAACAUACCAACAUCUGAAGUGGAGAUAGUGGAGGAGCAGUCGCUGACAUCGCUGGCACAGUUUUUCUCCGACAUCGGCGGGAUAGUCGGGUUCUACCUGGGAUUUUCUAUCCUAGGUGUCUACGAAUGCCUGGAAGUUCUCGCCGUUUGGGUCAAGUACCGAUUCUUCGCGACUCAGAUUCCACCUGACAGGUCGUAUUACGAGAUUCGCUUAGAUACACAGGAAGAACCGUUCACAGCUGUGAAGAACGUCAAUUCAUCGGGGCAGACCUCCUUCCUCGCACGCGAGAGGAGCAGCCUGUUCGGUCAAUCACUGAAGUACAGCAGUUUCUUCCCUUCAGGCAGUAAGUGCAAUGAGGACGAGAACUACGACUACAAGAAGAGAGGGGGAGAGAGAGAGGUAGAGAGUGUGUGUCUUAACUUCAACAAGGCCUCCUACCAGUCAGAGACAGGCCUCCUACAGCCGACACUGCUUUCCUUCGAGGAGAGUCGCAGUUUCCUAAAGAAGAGGCACAGUCAACGAGGAAAUAAUCGGGAGCUGCCGAAUCCGCGUCGAACAUUUCAGAGGACCCUUCCAUUCUACGAAGUUCGAACCCUUGGGAACGUCUGGGACUUCGGCUCCUCGUGCAAGCUUCUUCCUGGAGCAGUGGAAAAACCGAAAAAUUUACUUUAUAUCCUGAGUAUUCGCCUCAUGAGAGCAGAUUUCCAUUGA